AAAAAGUAGAAGACAAAAGAACAUCUCCAUGUGCUCAAAACAUCAUGUGCUGCAAGAGAGAGAAAGAAGAAAACAUGCUGGUUGCCCUAGUUUGCUACACCUCAUUAAUGCUUGCUGCCACUCUUGCAAGUUCAGAAGUGGGCCUACUUGCCGUCCCAGGUCAGAAUGUGUCCAUCUCUUGCUCAUGUCCUAAUGGGAAAUGCCCCAACCAGAUUAUACGCUGGAUUAGAAUGUAUUCCAAUGGGUCAGUGGAGUUCAGUGAGACUUUCUGCAAACAGCAACGCUGCCUGCUCCAAAGCAACAAUGCUACAGGCACAGCUUAUUUGACUCUACUACGAGUGGUGACGGUAGACUCGGCUCUGUACUACUGCGGAGAGAAGCUGUGGACCCAUCUUGACUUCAGUGGCAAAGGCACAUUCUUAGUAGUGUUGGAGGAGGAUGUGGUGGGGGAGAGCAGAACUGAGGUGACCCUUCUAACCGAACAGAGUUCGUCAGGCCACGCUGACCUGCGCUGCAGAGUAUCAGGCCUAAGGGUUCCGUGGGCGGACGUAGUUUGGCGAUCAACACGAGGAACCCCAAGAACCCUAAAGAACAUCACAUGGGUCUCUCAGCAGAAUGAUGGAGGCUUCAGCGUGUGGAGUCAGAUCCACCUCCCAGAGACUCCAGGCAGAGCUGUCUUCUCUGAUGCCCAGUACUACGAUAAGGUCCAUGAGGCCGAUGAGCUGUUUGGUACACCUGAUCAUGGCCCCUUGCCUCAGGAGGAGGAGGAGGAGGAGGAGAACAGAGAGUGGUGGUGUGAGGUACAAUUUGGCCCCAAACUCACGCUCAGGAGUGAGAGCUUCGUUUUCAAGCAGAGGAAGGAUGAACCAGACUGGUGCCCUGUUGUGCUGUACUCAUCUCUGGCCAUCUGUGUGCUGUGUGUGCUGGUGCUCCUCAUCCGCUCCUACAGCUGUCUGCACCAGCAGUGCUCAGCAGGUCCAACACCCACACCUGACCAGUUCACUUCAGAAGAGGCUGAGGUGACAUACACACAUCUGAGGUUUGAGAUCUCAUCUGGUCCUGGGAGUCAACAGAGCAGAGGCACUAAGGCCUGCCUAGACAGAGCGUUGUCUACUUCGGUCAUAUACACAGCUGUAGACCCACAAUAAGCCUCGUGGCUGGUGUGUGUGUGUGUGUGUGUGAGUGCAUGCAGUAUGUAUCAUUAUUUGCCUACACAAUGUUUGUAAGGGAUUCUGUGAUGUUUACUAUUUGACGCUAUGAUGACUGUGGUGGUGACAGGAUUAUUGAAUAUGAAUUGCACACCAUUGCAUGUUUCAUAAUCAAAUCAGUCAUGGAUCCAUUCCUUAUCAUAAUUAAAUGAAAAGGAAUUUAAACAAAGAACAACUGAAGAUUUGACAUUUGUAUUUUCUUUUUUUUUUUUUAAUUCUCAGCCAUUCAUGUCAUUCAUGUUGUCAUGAGCUUUCGCAGAAUGUAAUAAGUACAUUAUGACACAUGUCAUUUUGUGCCUAAUACUUCACCACUGUAAUAUUUGAAGUGUGUAAAUGUGAGCAUUCAUUUAGAGCUGGAUCCCUGAGCAUUUGAAAACAUCUCUGAUUUCCAGCCCGUAGUUUUGGGACCCUGUGUGAAACACCUCCCCCUGGUGCUGUUCAACCCCCUGACUGGUUCAACAGUGUUCGGCACUUACAGGCUCCUCCCCUUCCUAUCACUGCACAGGAAGCCAGAGUUGAGAGUAGAGGGGUUCAUGUGUGUAACAGUGCGUGCCUGUGCUUUGUGUCUAUGUAGUUUAUAGACCCUUUCAACAAUAAAAACAAAAACAAUG